UUGUUUAGUUCUUGUUGGAUGUAUUUCAAGCAAUCUUGUUUAUUUAAAAUUGAUAUAAAAGAAAAAUGAAAACUAUCGUGGUUAUUUUUGCCUUUUGCAUUUGCGUUAAUGCAAUGACAAUUGAAGAAUUAAAAAUCCAAUUACGUGAUGUGCAGGAAAUUUGCAAGGCAGAAUCUGGCAUUGAUCAGCAAACAGUAGAUGACAUUAAUGAAGUGAAUUUCGAUGUAGAAGAUGAGAAACCUCAACGCUACAAUGAAUGCAUACUAAAACAAUUCAAUAUUGUUGAUGAGAGUGGAAACUUUAAGGAAAAUAUCGUUCAAGAACUAACGAGUAUAUAUUUAGAUGAAAAUGUAAUUAAGAAAUUAGUCGCCGAAUGUUCGGUUAUCUCUGAUGCCAAUAUAUAUAUAAGAUUUAAUAAACUAGUGAAGUGUUUUGGAAAAUAUAAAACAAUGAAAGAAGUAUUAAAUCUCUAAAUAUUCAAUUAUUAAAAGAAAAAGAGAUUUAUUUAUAAUACAAUAUAUUUUUUAACUUUGAUUAUACUUUUUAACUUUGAAAAUAUUUAAAAAAUUAUAUCAAUAAAUUAAUAUACGAUUACUUA